GUCCAUGGGCAUUCUACUUCCUCCUGUGUCGCAAGUGACCAGCUGCCAUUCCAUCCUGAGUUCGACGAAUUCGACAUAUUCGCCGGUAAAUAAUUCGACACUGGGCUAUGUGGCACCUGUACAUCCACCAGGACACUCUUUAAGUAUAUACACAGGUGCAAAUUAUGCAAACUCAUCAGGCCUGGUACAUCACCAGCAACAUCACCAACGAAAUCGAAGUUUAGAUUCGGUUCUGCAAAGGAUACCAGAAGUUGACAUUACGCCAAGUCCGACGGAACCACCACCUGCUGAUCACACGCCCAUUCACGGAUAUGGUAAGGGUAGGAUAUGGAUUUGGACAUCCUUGAGUGUGCAUCAUCUGAAACUGAAAGCUCAUCAAAGUCAAGCACAAUCAGAAACGUGCGUCCAGUCCAUGACAAUUAAGAAUAAACCUUUAUCCAGCAUCAUAUCGUCAGCAAAUCAGAGCAAAAACCAGAGGAACGAGAGAGAUGAACUCACCAGUCUGGGAUCUGACGAUUCUGGUAUAAUGUGUGGUUCAGAGAGCGGCGACAGCCUCCGCCUGAUCAAAACCCACCAUUUAGACCUGAACCUAGUAAACCAGCCCAGGAGCAGGACGGAAAGCCUAGAAGACGACUCCGAUCUGGAUCUAAACCUAGAUGCAAACUCAGACGAUCUGGUCAACCUGGAAGAAAACGGAGUAUCACCUACCUGCAAUCAAGAUGACAUUGUCACAAGUGAAACAAAUGAACUUUUACCAGACCAAAGUGAACAUUCGAACAAUGUUGAAUCGGUGCAGGUGGUUAAUUUAGUGCCCAGGAUAAGUUUAGAGGAUAGGUCGAGUGAAAUGGUGGUGGACGGUUUGUGCCAGAAACUUAAUGGAAAGUGUUUUGUUACGGACUCAAAUGCUGAGAGUUGUAGUGGUAAGGAUGAAGAGACUGGUGUUAAGAUUGAGAAAGUCGAUGGUGGUGAAGAAGGAGUUGUGGAGAUUAUUAGCAAACAGGAACCGCCUUCCGGGCAGGAUUUAAGUUUUGUAACAGUACAUCUAAUUUGGAUAGAUCUCGAUUUGGUUUCUCAUUUGAAUAUAAAUUACAACAUAAUUACAACACCUUCAGUCGCCAAAAAAAAGCUUGGUGAUGACAUCAUGCUUCAUACGAAAGUUGGCAAGGAUUUCACCUUGCGCCUGCUGGAGUCCAAACUCUUCGACAUGUCCUUCGCCAUUCACUAUUUGUUCAAAUCGAAGGAACCAGGAGUCCAGAUGUACAUCGGCAACAAGAUCUUCUCCUUCAAGGACCAGGAUGUCGACUUUUAUAUUCCUCAAAUGGUCAGCAUGUACGUCCAGAUGGCCGAUGUGGCGGAGGCUAUUCAUCCUUACUUGGUGCACAGGUGCAGACAGAGUGUUGAUUUUUCUUUAAAAUGUGCUUGGUUACUCGAGGCUUACAGUUCUGAUGCUGAAUUGUCGACGAAGAAGAAGUCACAUGGAACCAAGCUACGGAAUCACAUAUUAAAUGAUGAGUUUAGGCCAAGAGAUUCAGAAAACCAGCGCAAAAAAUCAUCACAAGGCGGUGUAAGUCAAAACGAGAACUCUCUUGCCGUUAAUCAGACAGUGACCAACAGAUUUCUAUCCCCGAUCAAAAAGACCCAUCAGAGAUCACAAUCGGAUGCCACUGGACUUUACCAAGGUUUAAGAAGACUGAUUAAAGCUCCAUUUAGUCCUAAAUUGACACUAGGCGAUUUGGACAGUGGACGUGCCUUCGAUAAUGGUUGUACCUGCUUCGAUUCUCGAACAGGAGCCGUCAAUGAACUGAGAGGACGGAGAACUUACUGCUCUUGUGGGGCUCCGAGGUUAGCUCCACAAAUGGAAUUCAUCCAAAGUCUGCUGACCAUCGGUCGAUUAUUAGCUACAGUACCUUCCAAAGAGACAAGGACUGCUCGCCUGCAAGCACAACUUGGUAAAUUGAACUUGAAUUUACCGGCAAGGGUUUGGCUACCUAUACAUUCAAGAACACCACAUCACGUUGUCAGGAUUCCACCACAGGCUAGUGCUUGUCUGAAUAGCAAGGACAAGGCGCCUUAUAUUAUAUAUGUUGAGGUUUUGGAGGUGGAAGACUUCUACGCAUGCCCUGUUCCUGCCAAAGUCAUGGGCACUAAUUUGAGGCAUACCAAGAGCGAAGAGCACCUGUUAAUAAACGCUGCUAACACCAGUAAUUCAACAAAUACGAAUUCUGCUGAAAAUGGUGAUGCUUCCAAUAAUGUUAUGCUAGAGGAACCACUUUGUGAUGCGAUUGUUGAUGCUGAUAAUUGCUGGUCGCAAGAGGACGAUGAAAUAUCACAACAGUAUCUACAACUCCGGACGACUUCACGUAACAAUUUGGAGCGCGACACGAUAUCCCAGUUAUCACAAUUGUCUCAGGAUUCAUCAGAGACUACUUUUAAUCCUGGCGACAUCAGGAGAAGGUUGUCUGAAUGUCUGAACGGCAGCGAUAGGGAGAAGAACUUCAAACACGAUCCUGAAGAUCCUUCAGCUGCUGCAUUAAAGGAACCUUGGGAGGAUAAACAAAGAAGAGUCAGGGCUGAUUCCCCGUACGGUCAUUUAUCAAAUUGGAGGCUCUUGUCUGUGAUUGUCAAAUGUGGAGAUGAUCUGCGUCAAGAAUUGAUGGCUGAGCAGUUGUUAAGAAUGUUGCAACAGAUUUGGCAGCAGGAACGUGUACCACUUUGGUUAAGACCUUACCAGAUCAUGUGCAUAGGUAACGACUGUGGACUGAUUGAACCAAUUUUAAAUACGGUGUCCCUGCACCAGAUCAAGAAGCAUCGUUUGAACUUGUCUUUGUUGGAACAUUUUUAUAGAGAGUUUGGUUCAGCAAAUUCUGAAGAAUUUCUGAUGGCACAAAGAAACUUUGUUGAGAGUUGUGCAGCUUAUUGUUUAGUCUCUUAUCUGGUCCAGGUUAAAGACAGGCAUAAUGGCAAUAUACUCCUGGAUUCAGAAGGCCACUUAAUCCACAUUGAUUAUGGAUUCAUAUUAUCCUUGUCUCCGAGAAAUUUGGGAUUUGAGAUGUCACCGUUUAAGUUGACCCCAGAAUUUGUGGAAGUGAUGGGCGGCUGUGAAUCUGAUCUAUUUCGAUAUUUUAAGGUUUUGAUGUUGCAAGGUUUGAUUGCUGCCAGAAAACACAUGGAUAAAAUUACUGGUUUGGUGGAGAUCAUGCGAAGUGGUUCACAACUCCCCUGUUUCAAAUCAGGUGCAGGAAAUACUGUACACGAUCUCAAAAAUCGUUUCCAUUUGUCUCUGACAGAGGAUCAACUUUGUGAAUUGGUGGAGCAUCUUGUCGAGUCCAGCAUGCACUCAAUAUCGACUAAGUUGUAUGAUAGUUUUCAGUAUCUCACUAAUGGAAUUCAGUAAAGCCAACUUGUAUAAAUAAUAGAUA